CGAAGUGUAAAAUCCGGUGUGGAAUUCGUCGUGUCGUGCCGUGGGUCGUGAAACGUCAAUCGUGGUGAACGAGGUGAAACAAGUUUGCGGGUAAAUUGUACGGAGCUUUCAACUGUCAUUUCUUUUCGCAUUAUCGACAAGACGAUUUAUCGUCGCGCGUACAUUCGACGAUCUGCCAGUGCUUGCGCAAAACGUUUAUUAUCGAUCCCGACGACGGAAUUGAUUCUGCCACACCCUACAGUGGCCAUCUUGUACCACGAAUAGUCGGUGAACUACUUUGGCUGGCCAGCCAUGGAUCAGAUCACGCCUAAGGAGGUGAAGAUUCUUGAGAAUCCGGAGGACAUCCAGGAGAGAAGAGAGCAAGUACUCGGACGAUACGCCAACUUCAAGGCGGAGGCGCGAAACAAGCGGGACAAGCUCGAGGACUCCCGUCGCUUUCAAUAUUUUAAGCGAGAUGCGGAUGAACUCGAGGGAUGGAUUUACGAGAAACUCCAGGCGGCAUCGGACGAGAGUUACAAAGAUCCGACUAAUUUACAGGCAAAGAUUCAGAAGCACCAGGCUUUUGAAGCGGAAGUCGCCGCUCAUUCAAAUGCCAUCGUCCUGCUUGACAAUACUGGUUCUGAAAUGAUAGCCCAACAUCAUUUUGCAAGCGAUGUAAUUCGCAAGAGAUUAGAGGAAUUACAUCGUCUAUGGGAGUUGCUGUUGUCUCGCUUGGCAGACAAAGGUCUGAAGUUACAGCAGGCCUUGGUUCUCGUACAGUUUAUUCGUCACUGUGAUGAGGUGAUGUUUUGGAUCCACGACAAGGAAGCUUUUGUAACGACCGAUGAAUUUGGACACGACUUGGAGCAUGUGGAGGUGCUUCAAAGGAAAUUUGACGAGUUCCAAAAAGACAUGGCCAGUCAAGAGUAUAGAGUUACAGAGGUGAACGAGUUGGCAGAUAAGUUGCUAUUAGACGGACAUCCUGAACGUGACACCAUUCUACGCAGAAAGGAAGAGCUCAAUGAAUCCUGGCAACGAUUGAAACAAUUGGCUACUCUGCGACAGGAGAAGCUCUUUGGAGCUCACGAAAUCCAGAGAUUUAAUCGCGACGCCGAUGAAACUAUGGCUUGGAUUGCUGAGAAGGAUGUUGUUCUAUCAUCUGAUGAUUUCGGUCGAGAUCUCGCCAGUGUCCAGACAUUACAACGAAAGCACGAAGGUAUCGAACGCGAUUUAGCUGCUUUAGAAGAUAAGGUAUAUACAUUGGGCGCGGAAGCCGAUCGUCUCGCCGCCAUUCACGAAGCCGACCAUUCCAAGCAAAUUCAAGCUAAACGCGCCGAGAUCUUGCAAUCAUGGGAAAGUCUGACCGCAAAAGCGAAAGAACGACGUCUCAAGCUUAACGAAUCCUAUUAUCUACAUAGAUUCUUAGCCGAUUAUCGCGACUUGGUAUCGUGGAUGAAUGAUAUGCGCGCCAUCAUUUCUGCGGACGAGCUAGCUAAAGAUGUAGCAGGCGCUGAGGCUUUGGUCGACAGACACCAGGAACACAAGGGAGAAAUUGAUGCUAGAGCCGAUAGCUUUGACGCAACUACAUUGGCUGGUAAUAAAUUGUUGGAGAAAAAACAUUAUGCUGCCGAGGAAGUAGCACGGAAAUUGAACUCCCUCGCCGAAGAUAAGUCAUCUCUCUUGAGUUUAUGGGAGAAGAGGCGUAUCUUGUACGAACAAUGCGUGGAUUUACAACUGUUCUAUAGAGAUACUGAGCAGGCGGAUGCGUGGAUGGCGAAACAGGAAGCAUUUCUCGCCAACGAAGAUCUAGGAGAUUCUCUCGACAGUGUCGAGGCGCUCAUUAAAAAACAUGAAGACUUUGACAAAUCCUUGGCAGCUCAGGAAGAGAAGAUCAAAGUGCUUGACGAUUUCGCUGGAAAGUUAAUCGAGGGCGAACAUUAUGCUGCAGACGAUGUGGCACAACGACGACAGCUACUACUGGAAAGAAGAGCCAUUCUCCUUGAAAAAUCAGCUCAAAGACGCCGUCGUCUAGAAGAUGCGUACAAACUACAACAGUUUGAGAGAGACUGCGACGAAACCAAAGGCUGGGUUAACGAGAAGCUUAAAUUCGCUACUGAUGAUAGUUAUUUGGAUCCAACAAAUUUGAAUGGUAAGGUUCAGAAACAUCAGAAUUUUGAACAGGAAUUGAACGCGAAUAAGACGCGCAUGGAAGAGAUGGUAGCUACCGGUCAGGAAUUGAUCGAAAGCGGUCACUAUGCCAGCGAUCGCAUACGCACUCGUACAGAUGAGAUUGUGACAUUGUGGGAGAGUCUAGCGCGCGCCACUGAGAAGAAAGGCGCGAAAUUGCAGGAGGCUUCCCAACAACAACAGUUUAACCGAACGGUAGAAGAUAUUGAGCUGUGGCUCUCGGAAGUAGAAGGACAACUUAUGUCGGAAGAUUACGGCAAAGAUCUGACCAGCGUUCAAAAUUUGCAGAAAAAACAUGCGCUCCUAGAAGCCGAUGUGGCUUCUCACGCCGACAGAAUAGACAGUAUCGCUCAAGCAGCCGAGCAGUUUGUUAAAUCGGGCCAUUUUGACGCCGAUAAUAUCAAAGCUAAACAGGAGCAAUUGCAAGCUAGAUACAACGCUCUACAACGUCCAAUGAGUCUGAGGAAGCAACGACUUCUAGAUUCCCUUCAAGUGCAACAGCUGUUCAGAGAUAUCGAGGACGAGGAAGCAUGGAUUCGCGAGAAGGAACCGGUCGCGGCGUCUACCAAUCGCGGUCGCGAUCUAAUCGGCGUACAAAAUCUUCAAAAGAAACAUCAAGCUGUUUUGGCCGAGAUUAAUAAUCACGAACCGAGAGUGGCCGCGGUAUGUCAGGCGGGUUCGACAAUGUUGCAAGAAGGACACUUUGCUGCCGAGGAGAUCAAUCAACGAUUGGCGGCUUUGGACGAACACUGGGGGCAGUUGAAAGAUAAGGCUCGGCAACGCAAGAAUGAUCUAGAUGAUUCAUUGCAGGCGCAUCAGUACUUUGCCGACGCGAACGAAGCUGAAUCGUGGAUGAAGGAGAAACGUCCUAUAGUGAUGAACAACGAUUAUGGAAAAGACGAGGAUAGCUCCGAGGCUCUUCUAAAGAAGCACGAAGCCUUGGUCAGCGAUUUGGAAGCAUUCGCGAGCACCAUCGCGGCACUGAAAGAUCAAGCUGCAGCGUGCAGACAGCAAGAGACUCCUACAAUCGAUAUCACCGGUAAGGAAUGCGUCGUCGCUCUUUACGAUUAUACUGAGAAGUCUCCUAGGGAAGUAUCUAUGAAGAAGGGCGACACUUUGACUCUUCUCAAUUCUAAUAACAAAGACUGGUGGAAAGUCGAAGUGAAUGAUCGUCAAGGUUUUGUACCGGCGGCGUACGUGAAGCGCGUGGAACCUGAGGCGGGUCUCAGCGCUUCUCAGCAAAAUUUGGCUAGAGAACAGAGUUCAAUUGCCGCGCGACAAGCGCAGAUUGAGGCACAGUAUGAUGAUCUUUUGCGUCUAGCGCGCGAACGUCAAAAUAAGCUCAACGAAACGGCCAAAGCUUAUGUACUGGUGAGAGAGGCCGCGGAGUUGGCUACUUGGAUCAAAGACAAGGAAAAUCACGCGCAGGUGCAGGACGUAGGUGAGGAUCUGGAACAGGUUGAAGUAAUGCAGAAAAAGUUUGACGAUUUUCAAGCCGAUCUCAAAGCGAAUGAGGUGCGUUUGGCCGAAAUGAAUGAAAUCGCCGUACAGUUGAUGAGCCUCGGACAAACCGAAGCGGCAUUGAAAAUUCAGACGCAGAUCCAGGAUCUGAACGAGAAAUGGACCAGUCUGCAAACGCUCACUGCAGAACGUGCUAAUCAGCUGGGUUCCGCUCAUGAAGUACAACGAUUCCAUCGAGACGUUGACGAAACCAAAGAUUGGAUUCGCGAGAAAGACGCGGCACUGAAUAAUGAUGAUCUGGGCAAGGAUUUGCGCAGCGUUCAGGCUCUGCAGCGUAAACAUGAAGGUCUGGAAAGAGAUUUAGCGGCUCUGGGAGACAAGAUUAAGCAACUCGACGAAACAGCUAAUCGCUUAAUGCAGUCGCAUCCGGAGACUGCAGAACAAACGUAUGCCAAACAGAAGGAGAUCAAUGAAGAAUGGACUCAACUGACAGCCAAAGCUAACAGCAGAAAAGAGAAACUUCUCGAUUCAUAUGAUCUGCAACGAUUCCUCAGUGAUUAUCGUGAUUUAAUGGCCUGGAUCAAUUCAAUGAUGGGCUUGGUUGCUUCCGAGGAACUCGCAUCAGACGUCACGGGCGCCGAAGCGUUGCUCGAACGUCACCAGAAUCACAGAGCAGAGAUAGACGCGCGAUACGGCAUACUUCCAGAGGAACAUCGAAUGGAGAUAGAUGCUAGGGCUGGUACUUUCCAGGCGUUCGAAUUGUUUGGUCAACAGCUAUUGCAAUCUAGUCACUAUGCCAGUGUGGAGAUAUUGGAAAAACUCGAGUCCAUGGCUGAAGCGCGACAGGAACUAGAAAAGGCUUGGAUCCAACGGCGCAUGCAGCUCGAUCAGAAUCUCGAGCUGCAGUUGUUCUGCAGAGAUUGCGAGCAGGCGGAGAAUUGGAUGAGCGCGCGAGAAGCUUUCCUCAGUAGCGCAGAUGCGGUGGACAGCAGCGACAAUGUUGAAGCUCUCAUUAAGAAGCACGAAGAUUUUGACAAGGCGAUUAAUGCACACGAAGAGAAGAUCGCUACUUUGCAAACUCUAGCUGAUCAGCUGAUCGCCGCCGAGCAUUAUGCCGCUAAACCCAUCGACGAAAGACGUUGCCAAGUAUUGGAUCGCUGGCGACAUUUGAAGGAUGCUCUUAUCGAGAAACGCUCCAAGUUAGGCGAAUCUCAGACUUUGCAGCAGUUCUCUCGUGACGCCGACGAAAUGGAAAAUUGGAUCGCCGAAAAGCUUCAAUUGGCUACCGAGGAGAAUUACAAGGAUCCUGCCAAUAUACAAUCGAAGCAUCAGAAGCAUCAAGCUUUCGAGGCCGAAUUGGCUGCGAACGCAGAUCGAAUUCAAUCGGUGCUCGCUAUGGGAGGUAAUCUGAUCGAAAAGCAUCAGUGUGCCGGCUCGGAGGAUGCAGUUCAAAAGAGACUAGCAUCCAUCGCUGACCAAUGGGAAUACCUUACACAAAAGACCACGGAAAAGUCGAUGAAAUUGAAAGAAGCUAAUAAACAACGUACUUAUAUCGCUGCCGUGAAAGAUCUUGAUUUUUGGCUCGGAGAAGUUGAAAGUUUGCUCACAUCCGAAGAUGCUGGCAAAGACUUGGCCUCAGUGCAGAAUCUCAUGAAGAAGCAUCAACUUGUCGAGGCGGAUAUACAAGCGCACGAAGAAAGAAUCAAAGAUAUGAAUGCACAAGCCGAUUCGUUGAUUGAGAGCGGCCAAUUUGAUGCCGCUGGUAUUCAGGAGAAACGACAAAGCAUAAACGAGCGUUAUGAACGAAUUAGAAAUCUUGCGGCACAUAGACAGGCGAGACUUAAUGAGGCCAACACUCUUCAUCAAUUCUUCCGCGAUAUCGCCGAUGAAGAAUCUUGGAUCAAGGAAAAGAAGCUUCUCGUUGGAUCGGAUGACUACGGCCGCGAUCUUACUGGUGUGCAGAACUUGAAGAAGAAACACAAAAGAUUGGAAGCUGAACUCGGUAGCCACGAACCCGCUAUACAAGCUGUUCAAGAAGCGGGAGAGAAAUUAAUGGACGUGUCAAAUCUGGGAGUACCUGAAAUCGAGCAGCGUUUAAAGCUUCUCAAUCAAGCGUGGGCCGAAUUGAAGCAAUUGGCUGCCACUAGAGGACAAAAAUUGGAUGAAUCUUUAACAUAUCAGCAGUUCCUCGCCAAGGUCGAAGAAGAGGAAGCAUGGAUUACGGAGAAGCAACAAUUACUCUCCGUUGAAGAUUACGGCGAUACAAUGGCAGCUGUUCAAGGUCUCUUAAAAAAGCACGAUGCAUUUGAGACUGAUUUUGCGGCUCACGGUGAACGUUGCAAGGAUAUUUGCGAAGCUGGCGAAGCGCUGAUCAAAGCUGGCAAUCAUCGAGCGGAUGCUAUUGGACAGAGAUGCGCGCAACUACGCAAUAAACUGGAGCAACUUGGAGCUCUUGCGGCCCGUAGAAAGACGCGGUUGAAUGAUAAUUCGGCAUACUUGCAGUUCAUGUGGAAAGCCGAUGUAGUCGAAUCAUGGAUCGCCGACAAGGAGACCCACGUGCGUUCCGAAGAAUUUGGCCGAGAUUUAUCCACCGUACAGACGCUACUCACGAAACAAGAGACCUUCGACGCUGGUCUCCAUGCAUUCGAGCACGAGGGUAUCCAGAACAUCACGUCAUUGAAGGAAAUGCUCGUUGAUUCCGGCCACGAUCAGACACCCAGCAUACAGAAACGUCAUGCUGAUGUCAUUACUCGUUGGCAGAAACUGUUGGCCGAUUCUGAUGCGAGGAAACAGCGUCUAUUAAGAAUGCAGGAUCAGUUUAGACAGAUCGAGGAGCUGUAUCUGACAUUCGCAAAGAAGGCGUCUGCAUUUAACUCUUGGUUCGAGAACGCCGAGGAGGAUCUGACGGAUCCAGUGCGUUGCAACAGUAUCGAGGAGAUUCGCGCUCUUCGUGAGGCACACGCACAGUUCCAAGCCAGUUUGUCUUCGGCCGAAGCCGAUUUCCAAGCCUUGGCUGCGCUUGACAGACAGAUCAAGAGCUUCAAUGUCGGGCCCAAUCCAUACACGUGGUUCACGAUGGAGGCUUUGGAGGAUACUUGGCGUAACUUACAAAAGAUAAUUAAGGAACGCGAUGUUGAACUUGCGAAGGAAGCGCAGCGGCAGGAGGAGAAUGAUAAAUUACGUAAGGAAUUCGCCAAGCACGCCAAUGCUUUCCACCAAUGGCUUGCGGAAACAAGAACAUCUAUGAUGGAAGGUUCUGGAUCUCUAGAACAGCAACUGGAAGCAACUAAGCGAAAAACUCAAGAAGUGCGCGCACGUCGUCAAGACUUAAAAAAGAUCGAAGAUCUGGGAGCUAUUCUAGAGGAGCAUCUAAUUCUGGAUAAUCGUUAUACGGAGCACAGUACCGUGGGAUUGGCACAGCAAUGGGACCAGUUGGAUCAACUGGGAAUGCGUAUGCAACACAAUUUGGAGCAGCAGAUUCAAGCGCGAAAUCAAUCUGGUGUGUCUGAAGACGCGCUUAAAGAAUUCUCUAUGAUGUUCAAGCACUUUGAUAAGGACAAGAGCGGCCGUCUAAAUCAUCAAGAAUUCAAAUCGUGCCUCAGAGCUUUGGGUUAUGAUCUGCCCAUGAUGGAAGAAGGACAACCUGAUCCAGAAUUCGAGAACAUAUUAGACAUCGUAGAUCCUAAUAGAGAUGGCUACGUAUCAUUGCAAGAAUAUAUGGCAUUUAUGAUCAGUAAGGAAACAGAGAAUGUGCAAAGUUCGGAAGAAAUAGAAAACGCGUUCCGAGCCAUCACCGCAGCAGAUCGGCCAUAUGUCACAAAGGAAGAAUUAUAUGCUAACCUUACAAAAGAGAUGGCCGACUACUGUGUCGCUCGUAUGAAACCUUAUGUAGAUCCUAAAUCAGAACGACCAAUAACGGCAGCAUUGGACUAUAUAGAAUUUACACGUACUCUUUUCCAGAAUUAAUUAUGCAUUCGUAUAUGUAUGCGUAUUAUAUUAAUAUUUUUCCAAGCUUAUUAAAUUAUAAUCGCAUCAACAGCAUCAAGCUGUUGCAUAUUCUUUUUUUUUUAAACCAUGCAUGUUCGACUAAUUUUUAUAUAUUAUUAUAUAAAGUAUAGAACAUUUGCAUAGAUUGAGACUUAACUUUAGAUCAACUGGCUGAUAUAACGAAUAUAUCUAUCUAUAUGCUUUCGAUAAAGAGAAAAGCAAAAUUUCUUUUAAUAUACGCACUUUAGAUAUGUAUUUUUAAAAACAUAUUUAAUCGAAUAUAUAUAUGAUUUUUAAUACUAAAUUUGCUAUAUAUAUAUAUAUAUAUAUAUAUAUAUAUAUAUAUACACACACACACACACACACACACACACAUAUAUAUACAUAUAUAUAUAUAUAUAUAUAUAUAUAUAUAUAUAUAUAUAUCAGUUAGUUUUGGUCUAAUACUUUCCGUAUUAUUCUUCGAAAUAAAUGUAUUUAACAUGUUA